AAGCGGUGACUGCCAACAUGUCACUCUCCAGUGAGUGAGGCGUCUCCCGUGCCAGAGAGCGGCUCAGGGAGCAAGCUCGGAGAUCCGCACGGCACCAUGUCUUCACAACAGUGGCCAGAAUCCCCUCCCAGGAAAAACACCAACUUGCUGGAAAUCGGCACUUUUUGCCUGGACUCUGACAUAAUAUUUGGAUUCACCAGUCACCUCCUAAGGCGAAAGCACAGGGUGCUGGAUGGCAGCCCAGCCAAGGAGAUCACCAUCCCCCUGCAGGCCGGCCUCAGGAAGAGAUUGCAGGCGCCCGAGGAAGAUCACUGCGGGAGUCGGCCGGCUCCCGAGGGAGCAGGAGCGGUCUCCGGGACGGAGGCUGACACCUUCGAGAAGGAAGAGAAGGGGGCCUGGUGUCAAAAUUGCCAGCUCAAGUUAACAGAGCUCAAAAGACAAGCCAUGAAGCUCGUCAUCCCUGGGUCCGGCAAGGAUCCAGGAUUUUCAGCUUUUAUUUUUGACCAACUUCAAGUACCUGACUCUUCCAAACGAGGUCAAAACGAAGGUGAGAGCCGAUGUGAGAUUUGUGCAACACACCUGAAUCAGCUGCGAAAGGAAGCCAUCCAAAUGGUGCACGCACUCGGCCAGUCAAGUCAGGAAAUAACUGAGCUACCACAUAGUUCCAUUGCAGUGAGUGGCGUUUCAUCAAGAAUUGCUUCUCAAAAUAUGGUCACCCUUUCAUCACAAAGAGACUGGCCCCUGGUCACAGUACAAGGAAACAGACAACCUGGAAAAUCAGGAAAUGCAAUCUCGAGCACAGAAAGAAGGAAGGGCCUCGGCUGGCCUCAGGCAGGCAGUCUUUCGAAGUCUAGUGUUCAAGUGACUGUUGGUUCCACUGGUCUUAGCAAUGCCCUGAACUCAGUCACCAUUCAGGCUCAGCAGUACCUUGAGGGUAUGUGGAGUAUCUCUAGAGUGAACAACUUUCUUCCAAAUGCCUAUUUGGCACCGACAACAAUGACAGAGUGUGGAAAAGAGAGUUUGUCUCAAGAAACGAGCAUCCCGCCAAACAGCAGCAGUCAAACCUGGGCGAUGGGCCCAGCAGCCUCACAGAAUUCAUUAUUACCAAACAGAAUCUCUUCUGGCACCUCAGCCGCAGCUUCUUUCUUCAUCAGAGCAGCACAGAAGCUGAAUCUCUCUUCGAAGCAAAAGAAAAACCAUCCACUUCUCCAGCAUUCGCACGAGCUGUCAAACAGCAGAACAAAUUUCAGUGGUAUUUUGCAAGUGUCCCCUCCCCCCGCACCACCAUGCCUUUUGAGGGCUGUAUGUAAAGUCAAGGACAACCCAGGCAUUGGAAAGGUGAAGGUAAUGGUACGGAUUUGUCCUUCACAAGGAGCAAACGAUACAUCAGAGUCAAUGUCGUUCCUGAAAGUAGACUCUCGCAAAAAACAAAUAACCCUUUAUGACCCCUCAGUGAGUGGUCAUUCUGGUUCUGCCCACAGACGAGCCCCAGCUGUUGCUGCUCCAAAAAUGUUUGCAUUUGAUGCAGUUUUUACCCAAGAUGCCUCACAAGCUGAGGUCUGCUCAGGAACAGUGGCAGAAGUAAUUCAGUCUGUUGUGAAUGGUGCCGAUGGCUGCAUAUUUUGCUUUGGUCAUGUCAAGCUUGGAAAAACAUAUACUAUGAUUGGAAAAGACAAUUCAAUGCAAAAUCUUGGUGUGAUUCCCUGUGCAAUAUCCUGGCUUUUUAAACUAAUAAAUGAACGCAAGGAGAAAACCGGCACUCGAUUCUCGGUCAGGGUAUCCGCUGUGGAGAUCUGGGGCAAGGAUGAAAACCUUCGGGAUUUGUUAUCUGAAGUGGCCACUGGCAGCCUCCAGGAUGGUCAGUCUCCUGGCGUCUAUCUCAGGGAAGAUCCGAUCUGCGGAACUCAGCUUCAGAAUCAAAGUGAGCUGAGAGCCCCUACGGCAGAAAAAGCUGCCUAUUUCCUUGAUGCGGCAAUAGCCUCCAGAAGGACCAGUCGGCCAGAUUGUGAUGAGGAGGAGAGAAGAAACUCCCAUAUGCUCUUUACCCUUCACAUUUACCAGUAUCGAAUGGAGAAGAGUGGCAAAGGGGGAAUGUCUGGAGGGCGUAGCCGUUUGCACUUGGUCGAUCUGGGGAGCUGUGAAAAGGUUUUAAGCAAGAGCCGGGAUGCUGGUGGCGGCCUCUGUCUAUCACUUUCAGCUCUGGGCAAUGUCAUUCUGGCGUUAGUUAAUGGUGCUAAGCAUGUGCCGUACAAGGAUAGCAAACUUACUAUGCUCUUGAGAGAAUCGCUGGGGAAUAUAAACUGCAGAACAACCAUGAUCACCCAUAUUUCUGACUCUCCUGCCAACUAUGCAGAAACCCUUACAAGCAUUCAGCUUGCGGCACGAAUUCAUCGUAUGAGAAAGAAAAAGUCCAAGUACGCCUCAAGUUCUUCAGGUGGAGAGAGUUCUUGUGAAGAAGGCCGGAUUCGAAGACCACCUAAUUUAAGACCCUUUCACUCAAGAACCACAGCUCUUGAUUCAAAUCUUCCUGUAUUAGGAAUACCCAGUGAUCCAGAUUAUUCAUCAAGCAGUGAGCAAUCAUGCGAUACAGUUAUUUAUGUUGGUCCUAAUGGUGCAGCACUGUCUGAUCGAGAGCUAACAGAUAAUGAGGGACCACCGGAGUUUGUCCCCAUAAUCCCUUCUCUUAACAAGAAGCAAGACCCCAAGAAAAGCAAGGAAACUAUGAUUGUUGGUAAGAGGACUGAAAGAGACUAUUUUAAAUGUAACACUUUUGCUGAACUGCAGGAAAGAUUAGAGUGCAUUGAUGGAAGUGAGGAACCCAUCCAGUUUUCCUGUGAGCAAGGACUUUUCAUCUGUAGUAAUAAUCCAACCCCUAUGAGGAUGGAGAAUGUGCAAUGUCUAACAUCACUCGAAACAGCACAAUCUGGCCCGGCAACAGAAAAGGUACCGGUACCUUCUCCACAUCCCUAUGGAAAACAUUCUCCAAUAGAAAUGGUGUCUCCUAAAAAGGGUCAGAGCUUGCAUGCUCCGUUACCAGUUCAGCAGCAUAAUGGAUCUCCAGUGAAGAGCCCUUCUCACUCGAUAACAAUUGAACAUUCAAAAGUGCAAACCAAAGCUGAAGGAAGUUUAAUGGAAUUAAGUGGUAACACUGGAAUGGAUGGAGUGAAGGAGACAAUCACAGCUUCCACAAAAGUGCCCAAAUCCAACAGCCCGAAAGCACACAAGCCGGCCCAGACUACGCCUGCGCCUGCCGUGAGGGAAAAGUUGUUUUUCAAUAGAAGGCCGUUGCCAAGCCCUGCACCACCACCUCCCCAAACAAAAGAUAGAAAAAUCGAUUGCUCUAAAUCUAGUAGUGGCAGUGUGAUAAGAACUCCUCCAGUAGGAAUGAGCGAUCAGGUAACAAAUAAAUCAGAUUCCAUUGUAAGUGGAGGUGCUGCUGCACAUUGCAAAAGCAAAUACAAACAAUCCACUGGAUCAGAUGCAAAUUGUAUAAGGUCAGCAUUCAGGAAUGAUUGUAUUGACCGAGACAUGUUGACUACUACUGUGACUUUGCAGCAGCCUGUGGAACUGAAUGGCGAAGAUGAGCUGGUAUUUACUGUUGUAGAAGAACUGUCAUUUGAAGGAAUUUUGGAAAGUGGUCGACCUGCUAGCAUUAUUAGCUUUAAUAGUGAUUGCUCACUUCAGGCCUUGGCCUCAGGCUCACGGCCUGUCAGCAUUAUUAGUAGCAUAAAUGAUGACUUUGAAGCUUAUACCUCACCGGCAACCACUGCUGGAGCAAACAUGGACAACGUUGUGCCACUUGCAGAUGAUUCUUUUUGCAACAGUAGCAGACGAUCAUCAAUUAGUUCCUGGCUCAGUGAAUUAAGCAUCUGUGCUGUAGAAAGUGAUGGGGCUCAACCCUCUGACACUUUCAUUGUGCAGUCUUGUUACAGUUAUGGUGAGAACACUCUGGGGCCUUUUAAUUUGGACUCAUCUGACAUGCUGCAAGACAUGUGUGCACCACUGAUGCAGGCUCAAAACAGCAACUUGACUGAUAGCUUCUGUUACUCUGAAGAAGCUAACAAAAGCACUGGUUCAAUCAAACCUGUCAUCAACACCGACAAAGGUUCCAGUGCCUUAAGUUUAUCCAAAGUGGUGUCUGGCAAAGUUGUGAUUGGCAGUAAUGAUUCAUCAGCAACUAAAACCAGCACCCCAGUGCAUCGUCAUGUCCCAGUAAUUUCUGAAGAUCCUAUUUGCUACUCUAGUCUUCCCAGGAAAAUGAAAUCUACCUCAUCUGUGAACCAUAGUGGUAGCACAGUAGAUUGUGGAGAUACUCUACAGCAAGAAAUCGAGUCUGAGGAUCCUUGGUUACAACGCACAAAUAGCCACUCAGAGCCAAAAGCUGAGGAUCAAGCACUUUCUGUCAAGUUUGCUCCCAAAUCUGCUUCUCACAGUCAAAUCAAACAGCAAAUGAAAACACCCCAUAAUACUGGAACUAUUCCUCGGCUUAACAAGUCUCAUACACCUGCUUCCUGUACACAGCGGGUUGUUUAUGGAUGUGAAAUGGUGAAUAAAUCUGAUGGAUUCAACAAUGCCAUUGGUGCAAAUGCAAGAAAAAAUGAUGUACCAGCUAAGGUAUCACAAGUGAAAAAAGGAAAUGCAAUGGUCGCUACAAUGCCAAUAAUGCACACCAGUGUUAAUACUGGAGCUAUACCCAAAGACCAACCAGAUUUUGCUUCAGUGACAAGCAGCUUAAAAUCAGCUUCAUGCAAGAAAACUUCAGUGCCCAAAACAAGCUUGCUACCAAGGCUCAAUGGGAUACCUCCUGCUCCCCCAGUCCGUAAAUCCAGUCUAGAGCAAAGAAACAGAGUUACUCCACAAACUAAUGCUCAAAAAUGUACCAGCCCAGAAGUACUUAAUGUAUCACCAUCAAAAUUAGAGGAUGAAAUAGAUGGAAGACUAAAUGUUGCUUCUUGUAUAGUUGAAGGUAACAACAGCAGAUCAACAAACAUAAAGUCUGACCACAUGUUUGUUAAAAACAUUUCAAGCUCAAAAUCCCGAAUGCCUAAACCUGAGUCUGUGCAUCGCUGUGGGAGUCUGCAAUCACUUGAGAGAUGUGAUAGUCUUACAUCAGUUGGAUCCAAACACAGCAUGUCUAAGGAAAGUGGCCACCUCGUCAACAACAGUAGAGCAGGCCGAUCAGUACCGAGGCUUGGUGUGUCACCAUCAGCUCCAGUAAUGUCCACUCCGACCGUUCCUGUUGUCCCUGUUACUGGGAAAUCCAAUCAAACCAAAAGUACUUCCACUAAUAAGGUGAUGGUGUCAGGAAAUAAAUGCCGAAGCCUUUCUACAAGUGGUGUGAAAGGGUUAAGCACAUCGGUUAAAUCAUUAACCCAAUCAAUGGGUCGAAGUUCCAGUGUGCCAUCAAAUGGAAAAACAAUACCUCGUUCAACACAGGUAACAACGUGCAAACCUGGUAAAGGGACUAUCAUGGGAACAAAGCAAGCCGUCAGGGCAGCAAACAGUCGUGUCUCUGAACUAGCUUCUGGGGCAUCCUCCAGUAAAGUGGGCCACUUGAGAGGAUCCACUGACUCUGACAGUGGGAAUGACAGUGGGGUCAACCUCAGUGAUGAAAUAUCACAGAUUCCAGUCUUGCCUUCUCCAUACAGUAAAAUAACUGCACCAAGGAGACCUCAACGCUACAGCAGCGGGCAUGGUAGUGACAACAGCAGUGUUCUUAGUGGAGAGCUGCCUCCAGCCAUGGGAAGAACAGCUCUUUUUUAUCAUAGUGGUGGCAGCAGUGGCUAUGAAAGUAUGAUACGUGACAGUGAAGCUACAGGGAGCGCAUCAUCUGCACAUGAUUCCAUGAGUGAAAGUGGAAUGUCUUCAUCUGGUCGUAACAGAAGUUCAAAGUCCCCCAAAAAACGGACGGCUGUUUACAAACAUCAAGAUGCUUUCUUUGGAGCAGUCACUUCAGUCCCAAUAUCCACUGAAAAGUUGGCAACACCGCAACCUUGUCAUAAGCGAAUCAGUGACCUCAAAAGGCUUGUGAGAAAAAAUUGUUCAAAGGUUGAAAGAACACUGUUGAGGUGCUAUGCUCCAGAAGAAAUGGAAGAGACACAACAAUCUUCAAAAUCAUUCUAAAGGGAAAGUACCAAUCUUGGAGCACCAGACAAUCUGAGGAGUUGCUGUUCUUCAAUUUAUACACUAUUUAAUGCAAAAGAAUUUGUCCUUCCCAGACUCUACCCGACAGCAAGGAAUUCAUAACUGUGAAGGAGUCAUUGGGACCGAAUUUCAGCUAUUCACCUGAGUGUACUUCAAUGAAAAUAAAGGUUUUAUGGUGGUUAUUAUAAGGGAGCUCAUUGGCUGUUACAAUCUUACAAUACAACAGCAAGUUGCAAAUCUAGCCCAUUAACCAUCAGUCAGCAUUGAAAUAUAUGGGGGCAACAUGGGGGCUGAGCACUGCUGCCUCGUAGUGCCAGGGAGUCAAGUUCAAUUUCACCUUCUGGUGACUGUGUGAAGUUUGCACAUUACACAUUCUCCCUUGACCUGCGUGGGUUUCCUCCAGGUGCUCCGGUUUCUUGCUACAGUCCAAAGAUGUGCAGGUUAGGUGAAUUGGCCAUGCAAAAUUAUCCAUAGUGUCCAGGGAUGUGCAGGCUAGGUGGGUUAGCCAUAGGAAAUGUAGGGUUAUAGGGAUAGAUUAGGGGUAUGUGCCUGAGUCAGAGGGUCAUUGUGGACUGGAUGGGCUGAAUGGCCUGCUACCACACUGUAGAGAUUCUGUUAAAUAAUUUGCACUGUCCGCUGUGUACCUCACCUGUCAGGAAUGUGCUAGUCAUGAUUUACCAACCAUUAAAGGAAUAAUUGAAAAUCAUGUGCAAUGUUUGUCAAGAAGUUUCCAAUAUAUACUACUGCUCAAAGACCCCUCCUGGAAUGGCGCUGUUUGAAAACUAUUCAUCAAGAAUAGGGACGUUUUAACAAUCUUUCAUGAAUUAUGGACCUUACCAAUGAAGUAGCUUUUAUUGCCCAUCCCCAUUCACCCUUGAGAGCACUGAAAGGGUAUGAUGUUGCUGUGGUUCUGGAAUAAGAUAGGCCACACUUGGGUCAGGAUAGUGGAUUUCUUUCCCUUUUUUUUACAAUUGAAAAUAACAUGGUCACUGUUACUGAGACGAGAUUUUUAAAUCUGGACUUAAUGAUUGAACUUAAAUUCGACCAGCUGCCUUGGUGAGAUUUGAACCCAUUUCUGGAGCAUAGCUUAGGUCUCCAGAAUACUUGCCUAAUGACAUCCAUGAUUUGGAGUUGAGUGGAUACAUUUUUCAAUUCUUUUGGUUCUAACUUUUGAAAUUGGGUGGCGCAGUGGCAGAGUGGUUAGCAUUGCUAUCUCAUGGUGCCAGGGACCUGGGUUAAAUUCCACCCUUGGGUGACUGUCUGUAUGGAGCUUGCACAUUCUCCCUGUGUCUGUGUGGGUUUUCUCCAAGUGCUCUGGUUUCCUCCAAUAGUCCAAAGAUGUGCAGGUUAGGUGAAUUGUCCAUGCUAGAAUGCUCCAAAGUAUCCAGUGAUGCCCAGGAUAGGUGGAUUAGGUAUGGGAAAUGCAGGAUAACAGACAUAAGAUGGGGAGAUGGGGGGCGGAGAAGAGAGACUAUGGUGGGAUCCUCUUUGGAGGGUUGCUGUGGAGUCAAUGGGCUAAAUUGCCUGCUUCCACACUAUAGGGAUUCUACAAUUCUUAUUAUCUGACCCAACACUGAUUCAGCUGGAGGUGCCUCAGUUCCUCAUGUGAAAAAACGUAAGAAGAAUUAAUUAACCAUGUCAUGUUCCAGUGUAUUAACAGUUUGGCUUUGUCCUUCUCUGCAUUGGAUAGACUAAAGAUAUGACAUUACUAAACAAAGACUGUAGCAAUUCAGUAUCGAAGCUGUAACCCCACACUAUUUAGAGAGGAUUAAGCACACAAAGUAAUUGGAUCUUAAUGAGGUGCUAUUUACUUUUUGAACAUGUUUAUUAUUGUAGUCAGUGCUGAGCAGUGCAAGCAGUAACCCAACACCAUUUAGAAGAGAUUAAGUAUCGAAGGGAAUUGCAACUUAAUGAGGUGUGAGCUACCCAAUGAACACCUGUUAGUACCCAAAGUAGAUGGAGUACAUGACAUGUGGCUAGCAGCAACUUAAUAAUUAAGUGUAAUGAAAAUGGUAAACUGGUUAGUGUUUUUGAAUGAUUUAGAUGAUUGCUUGUCAUUAGGGAAAUUGUGAUGCAGUGGCUGUGUGCUUAUCUCUGGAGCAGAAAAACUGAGUUUAAGUUCUGACUGUCCUAGAGUAGGAACAGGAACUGGUACAGGUUGAUUAAAAAUAAUAGAUGAUUGCCUGAUUUGAAGAUAGCAAGAUGAAAUGCUGGGAACAGCAUUUGGCUGCUGAAUUGGGCUAUUUUACUUGUCAAAGAGUGUCAUCUAAGGCACACAUUGUAUAUUGCUGUGAUUAAUGUGGAAAUAUUUAGUUUGGCCAGAGUUAAUAGAGCAUAUGGGUUCUCUUGUUAAUCGAUUGCUGUAAUACUAGUAACCCUCCUUUAUGUUUGAGGUGCAGUCACUCAGUUUUUAGAGAAAACUGAAACCUUUCCAUGGGACCAAUAAAUAUUUAAAUGGUGGAACACCAUUCAAUGGACAUGACAUUCAAAACCCUACCAGCUAAUUUUAUUGACAUUAAAAAUAUGAACAAGAAACCAUGAGCUGGUUGUUUUUGAUAUGGGGGCAAAACUGUUGCUUUACUUUAAAUAUUUUUACUGAGAGACAUGAUGUACUGGUAGGAAUUGCACUUAUUUGUGUC